AUGUUAAUUGGAAAAUGGAGCUCGUAUCGUUUUCUACAGGUUUUCUUUAAGUGGAUUGUUAUUCAGCAAAUCUAUAGCGAUUCAUGGCUGACCCAUGUUCAGGAUUCUUUGCUUAUAAUUGCAGAUAUACAUUACAUCCGCAGCAUCUUCCCGGACCACGCUGAUGAGGCGUUUUUCGACUUUCUCGCCAAGCUGGACCUCUCAGGUCUCACAGUUUGGGCCAUCAAAGAGGGAACUGCCGUCUUUCCAAAUGUGCCCCUCCUGAUUAUCCAAGGUCCUCUCGCCGUGUGCCAACUGCUUGAAACACCCCUUCUCAACUUUAUAAACUAUGCCAGUCUGGUUACUACAAACGCUGCCCGAAUACGAUUGGCCGUAGGAGAGUCCAAAGAACUGGCAGAAUUCGGCCUCCGUCGCGCACAAGGACCAAACGGCGGCAUCUCGGCUUCACUUUACUCUUUCCUCGGAGGUUUGUAG